AUGGAUGUCUACAUUGGCUGCACUCACGACUUUGACAAAUACGACGUGCGCAUCAAUCCGAAGCUGGGUUCCCACGCCAGCGGGCCCGUCGAGAUUUUCUACGACGGGGAGUGGGGCUCCAUCUGCAUAGACAAGUGGGACGUCCAAGAUGCCUUCGUAGCCUGCCGCCAGCUUAGCUUCCACUGGGUGGAGGAACGUGGCUGGGAGCACGAUUUGGGAUCCUUGACAGGCAAGAAGUGGCUCAAUGAGGUGGAGUGUGUCGGCACUGAGACCUCCUUGGACACCUGCCCAGGAGCCUCUGGCGAGUUCUACCAUCACAGCUGCAGCACAACUGCCUCCGUGGAAUGUGGCUGGAUAAGCGGCUACACUGAAGCCAGGGCUCUCCUCCUAGACGGUCUGGGUGAUGAAAACAUCGCCUUCGAAGGGACGGCCUACCUCCAGAUCAGCCCCGCCGAGCGCGUAGCGAUCUGCGACCACUCAUGGAACAUGAAGAGCGCCGACGCCUUCUGUCGCCAGCUUGGGAAGCACUCCGCCCUGCGCGUGACCACCGGGUCCUACUACGGUCGCCACCCGGCCUUCAAUGGUAUUUUCCCCGUGCGCAAGUGGAACAUGGCGUUCGAGUGCACGGGCCAGGAAUCCUCACUCAUUGACUGCGUGACUCACGUCAAGCCACAGAGUGAAUGUCCAGACGGCCGAGACGCAGGUGUUGUGUGCCUCGAGCGAGAGGCCCCUCAAGGUUUUGCGAUCAAGCUAGUGGGUGGAGCAACAGCGUCCGAAGGCCGGGUGGAGGUUUGCUACGGGGGCACGUGUGGGAGUCUGGGCAAGGACGUCAACCUGGAAAACCUGGCCAGUUUUGGGGACGUGGUCUGCCGGGAGCUGAACCAAGGGUACGCCGUUGAGGUGACCAGCGACGGCCGGUUCGGCCCUGGCCAGAACCUAAUCAAGAUGAACAAAAUCUGGUGCGCCGGCUCCGAAGAGUCGCUAGCUCAGUGUGGGCCGCACAUCCAAUGGCUGAACAGCACAGACCCCGCAUUAAAGGAUGAACACACCGGUGUGAGAUGCUCGGGACCGAUCGCGGCUGCAAGGAGUCCGAUCCGUUUCUCUCAGCUGAACGAGAGGGGCGGCAUCGUUGAAAUCUUCCACCAGGGUCGUUUCGGGACAAUCUGCAGCAAAGGCUGGACGAUGGGGAACGCCCAGGUCGUCUGCAGGGAACUUGGGUUUGGCCCCCCGACGGAUGCCCAGCUUGGUUUGGAUGGCUACGGAGGUCCAAUCUUUUUACAAGACAUCCGGUGCACGGGAGCCGAGGAAUCUCUGGAUCGGUGCCAGCGCAGUGAGUGGUCAGCUCACACAUGUGACCACUCUAUGGACGUGUCGGUGCUCUGCCAGCAAGGUAUAGGUAUAUACCCUUACGGAUCCUCCACUGCGCAAAAGGGCGUAUCAAAGGCAAUACCCAAGGUCUUCCUUCCUAACUUGUACAAAAUCCACCAUGACCUGGAGGAUUUCCCUAAGGAGUUCCGGGAGAGGGCCAGGGAUAGAGGAGAGAGAGUGACGUCCUGA